CAUACGCACUCUCUCCAACUCUCCAAAGCAACAGGCAAGAAGAAGGAAGAGCGACAAAAUCAAGGGCAACUCCAGCAACUUUUAGAACGAGGGCAACGAGAAACUUCCGAGGAUGCCAAACGCGUCAGUUUUGCAGACGGAUCACUUGGGUACAAGAGGGAAGUGAUUUUCUUUUUCCUUAAGAAGAAAACGGGAGGGAGGACGCGCGUUUUUUUUUUUUUUUUUUUUUUUUCCGCCGUAUGAAACGUCAAAAGUUUCUGUCUGUGUUAACAAAGCGGCGCCUUUGAGCUGGAGCGGAACCCCUCGGUUUGUGAUUAAAUGUCCCCGGGUCUCUGUGGAGGGCAGUGAAGGAUGCCAGGAUGCCCUCUCUAAUCUCCCAUCUGCUUGUCAUCUGGCUGAGCGUCCACAGGCUGGUGUGGUGCACGGAGCGCUCCUCCACACUGGAGCGCAUCAAGGUGGUCUUCGCUCCUCGCAUCUGCAAGCGGAUCUGCCUGAAGGGGCAGUGUCAGUAUACCUGCGAGCAGGGCAACAACACCACGCUGAUCGCGGAGAACGGGCAGGGCGCCGACACGCUCACCGGACCGGGCUUCAGGGUCGUUGUGUGUCCCCUGACAUGUUUGAAUGGAGGAGUAUGCAGCUCAAGGAAGCACUGCCUGUGCCCUCCUGGCUUCACCGGUCGACUCUGCCAGUUUCCACUUCAGCAAGCUCAGGCAGCGCGAGGCAACAAGCAGCCUGUGUACCCCGUAGCUUUGAAGCCAGAUGGCCCGAAAUUUGGGGAGCAGCCAGGCAUAAGCCGCAGCCAGUUCACACAAACAUCGUCAACGUCGAUCUUCACCGUCCCCUUGUCACAACCGGGACAUCACUCCUCAGAAGUGCAGUUUAAUGUACGUGUUCACCACACGCCAGACACCUCUGUAGUGAUUCACCCUCUUGACGCCUCGGAUAUCAAGCCCCCUCAUAAGACAGGGCCACGCCACUUCCAGAUUAGACGCAAACCAAAGGGGCGCUGUUUUCAGGAGACCACGCCCAAACAAGCUUGCAACAGCACCCCACUUCCUGUUCUGACCAAUCAGGAGGAUUGCUGUGGCAGUGUGGGGAAUUCAUGGGGACAAAACAAAUGUUAUCAGUGCCCCAAAUUACCAUAUGCAUCAGUCAAACAGACCAUUGUGGAAGAUUAUGGCUCUGCCUGUCCCCAAGGCUAUAAAAGAUUCAACAGCACUCACUGUAAAGAUAUCAAUGAGUGCUCCAUGCAGGGCGUCUGUCAGAAUGGAGAUUGUCUGAACACACUGGGCAGUUUCAAGUGUUCCUGCAAAUCUGGUUUUGUCUUGGAGAGGAAUCAAUGCAUUGAGUCUCCAGCCGAGGUGGGUCAAUGCUUCCGGAUGGCAUCCAACACCAGGAGCUGCGAUUACCCGCUGCCAACCCUCCACACCCAGGUGGUAUGCUGUUGCACAGUGGGCAAAGCCUGGGGCCAAAACUGUGAAAGAUGUCCCGAGGUGGGCACAGCGGCCUUCAAUAUCUGCCCUGCUGGGAAAGGCUACUUUCAUAACAUAAGAGAGACCUUGACAAUCACCAUACCGCAGCCUGAAAAGGAAGAAGACGACAAAGAGAGGCACCCAGAGACAACCACUGCGCACCAGGUCCCCACCAGCACCAGCGGUCCUCGUGUGCCCGUUAUUAAACCCACCCUUCCGACAAUCAUCCGAAUGACUCCAGGCAAUGACCCCUUCGAAACACAGACAAAAGUCUUCCCAGAGACAGAUGAAUGCAGGCUGAGCAGAAACAUUUGUGGUCAUGGAGAAUGUGUGAACAGCCUGAAUGGUCACAUCUGUCACUGCUAUCCUGGCUACCAUCUCAACCCGCAGAGGAACAUCUGUGAGGAUAAUAACGAAUGUGAGUCAGAGCCAUGCGGCCAUGGCAGAGGUGUUUGCAUAAACAUAGAAGGAGCGUACAAAUGCCUCUGUCGCCCUGGCUAUAAACACAUGGUGCAGCAUGGUAGACUUAAGUGUGUAGAUGUGGAUGAGUGCUUUAACCAGGACAUCUGUGGUAUCGGGGGUCAUUGUAUGAACCUGCCCGGUUCUUAUAAAUGUGAAUGUCACAGCGGCUUUAGGAGCAAGUCACACUGGCAUCCGGCCUGUGAAGAUGUAAAUGAGUGUUUGAAUCCCGACACUUGUCCCAAUGAACAAUGUGAGAACACGCCGGGCUCCUAUGAGUGUGUCCCUUGCUUGCCUGGUCACGAGGCCCAUGCUGGCAUCUGCUAUGAUAUUAAUGAGUGUCAGAAGCCGGGCAUCUGCCCUAACGGUCACUGUGAGAACCUCCCUGGUACCUACCGUUGCCUAUGCAACGAGGGCUUCCUCCCAUCUGUAGACAGCAAAGGUUGCAGCGACAUCGAUGAGUGUGAGGAUGUUCGGCUCUGUGCUAACGGCCGCUGCAUCAAUACUGAUGGCUCCUUCAAAUGCCAUUGCUACCCAGGAUACCAACGCACACAAGAGGGCAGUCACUGUGAAGAUAUCAACGAGUGUAAGAAUCCAUCGAGCUGUCUGGGGGGUCGCUGUAUCAACAACAUGGGCUCAUACCACUGUGAGUGCCAACUUGGGUAUAAACUGGUCGGAGGCAGGGAAUGCCAAGACAUUGAUGAAUGUGCUGUGGACAGAAGUCUCUGCCAGCCCCACGGUUUUUGUGAGAACAAACCGGGCUCGUACGAGUGUGUCUGCAAUCACGGUUAUGUCCUUUCAGAGGACAAGCGCUGCUGUGAGCUUGUUCGAGUGAGGACGGAUGAGAAGAAGGAGUGCUAUCUGAACCUUGACGACACUGUUUUCUGCGACAGCGUUCUGGCCACCAAUGUCACCAAGCAGGAGUGCUGCUGCUCCAUCGGAGUGGGAUGGGGAGAUCACUGUGAGAUUUAUCCCUGUCCUGUCUCUCAUUCAGCUGAGUUCCACUCCCUUUGUCCAAACGGGCAGGGUCUCUACUAUGAAGAGAGCCUCCAGUACAACCUCCCAGCCUACCAAGAUAUUGACGAGUGUUCCUUGUUUGCCGAAGAAAUCUGUAAGAAAGGUCGCUGCGAGAACACGCUUCCAGGCUACGAGUGCUACUGUCAACAGGGCUUCUACUACGAUGGCAACCUCCUCGAGUGCAUUGACGUGAACGAAUGCCACGAUGAGUCUCUGUGCACUAAUGGUCGGUGCAUCAACACUGAAGGGUCCUUCUACUGCAACUGUAAUCGACCCUGGGUACAAGACCCUAGCAGGAAAAAGUGUGUAAUGGCAACAGUAGCAGAUGUGAAUGAGUGUGAGAACCCAGAAAACUGUAAAAAUGGCCGCUGCGUGGACACUCCAGGCUCGUAUUAUUGCAUCUGCUCUCCACCCUGGACCCUGGCCACUGACCGCAACAGCUGUGUGACUCCGGAGGAGCAGGCUGAUGUGAAUGAGUGCCAGGACCCCUCGUACUGUAAGAACGGGAGGUGUGAGAACACGCCCGGCUCCUUUCACUGCUUUUGCGACCCUCCCCUCACCUUCAGUGCAGCGCUGAAACAGUGCGUCUAUGACGAUCGCACUGCAGCCCACAAGGAUGUGUGCUUCACGCGGAUUGAGGAGGGCUGGAUCUGCAGCGAGCCCCAGAACCGGGUGGUGACGUACUCUGAGUGCUGCUGUCACUUCGGUCGUGGCUGGGGGCCCGAAUGUAACAGCUGCCCACCCAGAAACUCAGCAAUGUUCAGCCAUCUGUGUGGGAUGCAUCUUGAGACUGAGUCAGACGGGGAGCAGGAACCGCAGGCAGCUUUUCCCAACUACAACCCAGGUGACAGUUCGGAAGAGGAUUCGGACGAAUGCAACUGUGGACAUGGCCGCUGUGUCCGUUCCUACCUUGGCACUAUGUGUGAAUGUAACCCAGGCUUUAGGCUAGACUACUCCCGUGCUCGCUGUAUAGACAUUGACGAGUGUGCGGAACCAGGAGUUCGUGUGAGUCAAUGCAAGAACGCGCGCUGUGUCAACACUUCUGGUUCGUACAAGUGCUUCUGCAAGCACGGCUUUGUACCCACACGCAGGCCAAACGUGUGCGCCCGUCGCAGAACUCGAUAACCUCCGUGCGCCGCUCUGCGUGCUGCCGUGUCCGUCCUCAUCCACGCAGCGCGCGCAAACUGCCCAGCACGCGCCGCUCUUGACGCUCCUCUCUCAUGGUACAAACGUGGGACUGUGUGUACGCGGUAAACGUACAAAUGUGUUUUCAGCGGGAGCCAAUGUCGUAGCAAUGGCUCAUCCAAAAGGUACAAAACAUAUCAGUGUCAGCCCCUUUUUCAUUGGCCAGUCCACAUUUUAAAAUUCUGCAACACGGACAAGGAAUAUGUUUAUUUGUGCGCUAAAAAGUUUUUUGUAAUUAUUUUUUUAAACUGUUUUUGUAGUUUAAAUUGUGCAUUUUGUGAUUUUUGUCUUUGACCUCCCUGUUGCUUUUAACUUCUUUUGAAUAUUUGAUUCAAACAAUAAAGAAAUUAAUCUUUCUAUGGCAUUAGCAUUGUCUUCAGCCUAUUCAGCAGUUGUGUAUUGUAGCCCUGCCUCCUGGUAUUCCCAUUAACAUUCCCUGUUACAUCCACAUUCUUUAAUGUUUAAAUCAUCUAAAUUGUAUUUCGUUGCCACACGUUGUUGACGUUUUUUUGUACAGUUUGUUUCGUGGAAUGGUCCCUGUCCGCUCCCUGUUUAUUAUUUGUUUAUGUAAAAUAUGAGAAACUUGAGGUUUUUUGUAUAAUUUGACAUGUGCACCUAAGUGGACUUAAGCUUGAUUUAAAGAAAAAAAAAACAAUAAUGCACUUAGCAAUAAAUAUAGUGGGAAUAUUUGCUAAAUGUAGCUUAUUCUGAAAAAAAAAAAACAAGAAAGUUUAACAUCGAUUGCCAUAAAAUACUCCAUCAAAGUAUUUAGGAAUCCAAAGAUUAUCUUGUGAUAAGAGGAAUUUGAUUAAAAAAA